GUAGCCCACGGAGUGUGUGUAUGUGCGCGUUUGUGUGUGUUGGAGCUGGAGAGCCCGCGGCGCGCCAGCAGGAGAGCUCUGCUUCUGUUUGACCGGAGGGUGAUAAGCCUUCAGAGAGGAGGAAGAACCGUGAAAAGUCAAGCCUGAGAGCCUCGUUAAUUUGCCCUUUUUUUUUUUUCUUCUUCUUCUUUUCUUUUACAAUUCCACUGCCUCUCCAACCGCGUCAGCGCGCAGCCGAAACGAAACGCAAACAAGUUGAAUAAGAAGAAGGGUCCCGUUCAGGUCGUGGCUCCGAGUGGUGGUUCUUGUUGUUGUUGUUUUAAAACCUUGCAGCAUCCCUCUUUUCCCCUCUGAGCGUGGAGAGGAGGAGGGAGGGAGGGGAGAACCGGACCGGCCGGGCGGACCGUGAAGCUGCGCCUCUCCGCCGCGCCUCCCCGCUGGAUGUCCCAGUGGAUGUGGGACGAUGGAUUAAAAUCCUCCUCCGUCCCUCUCCGGACCCCCGCCGCCGCCGCCGCCGCCGCUGCCGCCGCCUCUGCUCCUCUUUGGGCUCUCCAUACGCGCCUACCGACCCCCGCUCACCCCGGGAUUAUUUCAGCUCUCACCGAUCUCACCUCCCUCCCUCCAGAGAUGACCGAGGAAUAUGUUUUGCGCUGCGUCCUGAUGCUCUGCUUUGCGCUCCUCUCGGCCAACGCGAGUAACUGGCUGUAUCUGGCCAAGCUGUCGUCGGUGGGAAGCAUCACUGAUGAGGAGACGUGCGAGAGGCUACGAGGCCUCAUCCAGAGACAGGUUCAGAUCUGUAAGCGGAGCGUGGAGGUGAUGGACGCGGUGCGCCGAGGAGCCCAGCUGGCGAUAGACGAGUGUCAGUUCCAGUUUCGGAACCGGCGGUGGAACUGCUCCACGCUGGAGACCAUGCCUGUGUUCGGCAAAGUGGUGACGCAGGGCACCCGCGAGGCAGCGUUUGUGUAUGCCAUCUCAGCAGCCAGUGUGGCGUUUGCGGUAACAAGGGCCUGCAGCAGCGGAGAACUGGAAAAAUGUGGCUGUGACCGCAACGUUCAUGGAGUCAGUCCAGAGGGGUUCCAGUGGUCAGGCUGCAGUGAUAAUAUUGCCUAUGGAGUGGCCUUCUCUCAGUCCUUUGUGGACGUGAGGGAGAGGAGUAAAGGCCAGUCGUCCAGUCGAGCGCUCAUGAACCUCCACAACAACGAGGCCGGCAGGAAGGCUAUUUUGUCUCACAUGCGUGUGGAGUGUAAAUGCCACGGCGUGUCGGGCUCCUGCGAGGUCAAAACCUGCUGGAAAGCCAUGCCGCCGUUCCGCAAGGUGGGCAACGUCAUCAAGGAGAAGUUUGACGGCGCCACCGAGGUGGAGCAGCGCAAGGUGGGCACCGCCAAAGUCCUGGUUCCCCGCAACUCGCAGUUCAAACCUCACACGGACGAAGACCUGGUCUACCUGGACCCCAGCCCGGACUUCUGUGACUACGACCCGCGCACGCCGGGCAUGCUGGGUACGGCGGGCCGCCAGUGCAACCGAACCUCCAAGGCCAUCGACGGCUGCGAGCUGAUGUGCUGCGGCCGCGGCUUCCAGACGCAGGAGGUGGAGGUGGUGGACAGGUGCAGCUGUAAGUUCCACUGGUGCUGCUACGUCAAGUGCAAACAGUGCCGCAAGAUGGUGGAGAUGCACACCUGUCGGUGAUGGGAGGGGGGGGCUCCGAGGGCGCUGCCAACGAACAAAACAAACGCCCCACUCCCCUCCACAUUGACCUGGACCAGAGGGAGGGAGAAACGUGUGGUCCUCCCUCUUCUCCCUCUCCAAAAAAAAAACAACAAAAAAACAAAAAACACCCCCACCCCCCACUACUGGUCAGUGGGAGCAGACUGAGUGACUGACGGGCCGUCCUAUUCAUUUUAUACCACCUUAAAGGAUAUCGAUACAUUAUGCAUGGGAUUUCCUGAAAAGAAAAAGCUGCAAAGGCAAAUGUAUUUUU